UUUUUCUUUUUUUUCAUCAAACUGAGUGAAUUAAAGGUUAUGGAAGAAAUUAGAGGCGAGUCUAUUGGGUGGGUGGAAGAGAAGUCCAAUGGGAUCGGAAUAAAGAAGGGAAACCUCUGGGCUGGGGAAGUUGGAAUGAUUCCGCCGACAACCCACAUGGUAUUUGUGUGCCAGCACCCUUUUGUGCCUGGUGCUGAGGCGGAGAGAUCCGGUAUGACUUGAGGAAGCUGUCCAGGCCUCCUUGCUGUUCCUCUGCAUCUCCUUUUUCCUGAAUAUAUCUAUUUAAAGAAUGUUCUCCCUCCCCCUCUCCUCUGUCUCCUAGCUUCCUUCCAGACUUGGUUCCAGUUCCCAGCCUGGUGCCUUUAUUGAUGUGUCACAAAACAGCUAUAACUGUGUGUACAUGUAUAUGGAUGUAUUGUACACACGUGUGCAUAAAUACACACGCAUGUACAGAUAGACAGCGUCUAUCUGUACACACGGGGACACGAUGAGGUUAUUGGCAGAUUUCCACUGUUCUGACUGACUAGCCAGAGUGAGGAAUUUAAUUUAAGGAUAUUCUGUAAGGUGAUCCUCUCAAAAUGUAACUAUGGCAUUCAAAUUAAAAAGCUCAUUUUAAAAAAAUCACCUUCAUUUACACUGUAUAGAUCUUGCCCAUGCCUAGAUGUCUGCAUGUCAUCUCCCCUAUUAGAAAGUGAGCUCCUGGAAGGCAAGGACAGUUGUUGCUUGCCUUUACAUUCUAAGUACUUAACGUAGUGCCCGGCACAAGUGGCGACAGUGGUUCAGUCAUUUCAGUCACAUCUGACUCAUGACCCCAUUGGGGGUUUUCCUAAGCAGUUUGCCAUUUCCUUCUCUGACUCAUUGUACAGAUGAGGAAACUGAGGCUUACCCAGAGUCACACAGCUGGUGUCUGAGGCCAGAUUUGAACUCAGGAAGAAGAAUCUUUCUGCCUUCAGGAUCGGUACUCUUAUCUACUGCCCCAUCUGGCACAGUAAACAUUUCAUAAAACUUUAUCAACUUUCUCUUUAAAACCUGAGCUUCUGGGGGGAGAGGGGCAGCUGGGUAGCUCAGUGGAUUGAGAGCCAGGCCUAGAGACAGGAGGUCUUAGGUUCAAAUCUGAGCUCAGCCACUUCCUAGCUGUGUGACCCUGGGCAAGUCACUUGACCCCCAUUGCCUAGCCCUUACCACCCUUCUGCCUUGGAGCCAAUACACAGUACUGACUCCAAGACGGAAGGUAGGGGUUUAAAAAACAAACAAACAAACAAACAAACCUGAGCUUCUGCUUGUGUCCAGUUUUGAGGCAGAGAAAACUUGAAAGAAAGUAAGUUUAGUACUUUGACCUUCCCUCACUCUUCCACCCUUCUCCUCUGCCCAAAGACAGGCACAUUCAUUUCUUUCCUAGUAUUCUUCCCUCUCCCAGGAAGCAGGACAGAAACGAGAGGAUCGGAAACUCUGAUUCUUCUUCCCCGCCGCUCUUCUCUGGACCGGGUUUAUGGCUCUGUGGCUACACCAGGGGGAAUAGGGGUAGUCUGUGAGAAUCACUGUUUUCCAAGACAUGCUCAGACUCCCAUCAGCCAGGCGAUGAGCGCAGUCUGGUCUUCAGGGGAUCCAUAAGCGCCUUUUCCUAGCUUGGGAGGACUUGCCAAACCUUGUGUUCCAAUAAACGGCAUACAGAGCCUUCAUGACCCAGGUCAGUCUAUACAAUGCUGAGAGAAGAGUAGGUGCCUAGUGAAGGGACUUUCCCGUUUAUUUCGUAAAAUAGGCCCUGGAUCUUAAACAAAACGUAAGCCAAGAAACCCAUAGCCAAGUGACAAUCAUGCAAGCUCCUGCCCAAUUAAAAGAUGGCAGGUGGAGAAUUGGGUGGACAAAUUCUGGUGAGUAUCAAUCUUCAUUAGUCACAAUCAGUCUUUCGCUUAGGUGCACACCCAAGUACAGUCUCCAAAGACAGCUGGCAUUAUAUGGAAAAACAUGAAAGAAACUGAGUUUUGAUAAGGGCGGAUGGUGUUUCCAACUCAGUCUAGUGUGAGCUCGAAGGAAUUCUGGAGUUUAGUCCCGUCGUUUUACAUACAGAGAAACCGAGACUCACAAAGGUUAAUCGACUUAUCCAAGACUGAUACAAAGUGAAGUGAGCAAAACUAGGAUAACAUUGUAGACAGUAAAAGUAAUAUUGUAAGAAUGAUCGGCUGUGGAAAACUUGGCUACCGCAAUCAAUACAAUGAUCAGAGAUGAUUCCCAAGGACCCAUGAUGGAAAUAACUGAUCAAAUCUGAGAACAGAUUAAAACAUACUUUUUCACUCUGUUUCUCAAUUUUUUUUUUUGCAACAUGGUUAAUAUGGAAAUGCUUUGCAUGAUUUCACAUGGAUAAUUGACAUCAUAUUGCUUGCCUUCUCAGUGGGUGGAAGAGGAAAGGGAGGGAGAGAAUUUGGAACUCAGCAUUUUAAAAAAAAUGAGUGUUAAAAAUAAAUUAAUUUAGGGGGCAGCUGAGUGGCUCAGUGGUUUGAGAGCCUGGCCUAGAGAUGGGAGGUCCUAGGUUCAAAUCUGGCCUCAGACACUUCCUAGCUGUGUGAUCCUGGGCAAGUCACUUGACCCCCAUUGCCUAGGCUUUACCACUCUUCUGCCUUGGAAUCAAUACACAGUAUUAAUUCCAAGACAGAAGGUAAGGGUUUAAAUUUUAAAAAAAAAUUAAUUUAAAAUUAAAAAAUAAAGACCAGAAAGAUGAGGGUUAAACCCCCUGCCUGUGUCUCCUUCCCUCCCCCCCCCCGCCAGCUUUCUUACAUGUACUAAGUAUUCAAUAAAUGUCUGUUGAAUAAAAAAAAAAAAUUGACUUACCCAGGGUUAUAUAUUUUUUUCACUGUGUAACUAGAGUGGCAAGCAUAUCAUAAAUAAUUCAAGUCAGCAUGUACUUUAAUCAAAUCUAAGCAAAAUUUUACUAGAACUACUUGAACUAGCGUCUUAGACAUUCAUUUCAUUGACAAUGAAGGUUUGACAAGAGUGGUGCUUUUUUUUUUUUUAAAUGGAUAGCCUCUGAUCCAUUUGUAUAUUGCUGGCCAAGAGAAGCAGAUACCAAAAAUUUAUGAACUAAAAUGGAAGUUGGUUCAAAAGUUGGAAGAAUAUCAAAGAUAAUAUCUUUCAAAAUUCUAGGAGGGUUCCAUGUAUAUGUGUGUGUUUAAAUAAGUAAGAAAUUACCUAACCAACUAUGGCAUUUUCGACAGACAUCACAUUUUGUCUGUCAAACCUGGGUGCCAAAUUCAAAUCCUUUGUGGUUCAUCUUAGCUGUUACAGGCCCCUGGAAAUCAAAAGGAGUUUGUUCAAGGGUAAUUCUUGCUCUUUGCCAUUUCCCAUCUCAAGCACUUUAAUAAUCUAUGUCACUCAAGUCUGUUUUCUCUAGCAAUUAAAAUAUGGCAAUCUUCUUCCUGUGUUUCCUGCUCAUUAGUCAGGAUUCCCAGAUGAUUGCUAAAUCAGAAUCUUGGUCUGUUUCCACCCAGCAACCCAAGGAAGUUUCCAUGAAACUAACACUUCAUACUACUUGACAGCAAUAAAAUAAAAACAGACAAUAAAAGGACCAUAAACCAGAAAAUGAGAAUAGAAAUGUCAAACAUAAUGAAGUAAGAAAUGGAAGGUGUAAUUAGGACUCCUGAGCACUAUGUAGCCCUGCUCACACAUUCCUUUAUAUAUAUAUACCACCUGGAAUUCCAAGCAGUUGAAGGCACAUUAGUGCCCUUUUGCCUCUCCGAGUUUGCUCCUUAGGCCUGUUAGAAACAAUCCCCAAAUGUCUUCCUUUCAUGCAAACUGCUCCAAAAACUGGAAAAACUCUCUUCCCAGUAGUGUCUGAUUAAGAUUUUCCAUCUUUAAAUAACAACCCAGUGUUUCUCCUUCAGUGUGGACUUUUGUUCAUUCAUAAGUCAGUGCGAUGGGGGAGGCGAAGAGAGGGAGCAUGAGAAAAAGGUAACGGAACUAGACGUCCUUACUAAAACAUUAAAAGAUAAAGCUACGGAAUCCCCAAGGUCACAAGCAUAGCAUGUCUUUUUAAACUGUGAAUUCUCCCUAAGAAUAUGCUUGUUAGUAUAUACGCGGGGAGUUACAGUUGCUGUGAUUAAAAAGAAACAAGUACGGCUGGAAAUCACAGGAGAGGAGGGAGAAGGGUGGGUGGUAAUAUCCAAUAGGAUUCCAAGUUGGAGAAGUUGUACAAUGUCCAAUAGGCACACAUAUCUCGUUAGCAAGGAAUUGUUAUUUUAAAAUGAAAUUAAAAUACUAUUUUCUCUUUUAAAAAAACUAAGAUUGCUUAAAAAUCACAGUUUCUGUUCUGAAUAAUUUUGUACUAGUAUUGUAUAUGACAAAAAAGAAUGAAAUGUUCAAAACUGAAGUCUCAUUGGGUUUUAUUCACAAUUAUUUCAGAUGUUUUAAAGAAUAUGUUGUCUAAUAAUUGAUCAUGACAGUGUUUUUGAAAUAAUUUAUGACUUUAAACAUAUAUAGUAGUAUGUAAAAGAACCUGAAAAACUUCCCCUCUCAGGGGGCAGCGAGGUGGCUCAGUGGAUUGAAAGCUAGUCCUAGAGAGGGGAGGUCCUGGGGUCCAAUCUGAACUUCAGACAAUUCCCAGCUGUGUGAACCUGGACAAGUCACUUAACCCCCACUGUCUAGUACUUAGUGCUUUUCUGCCUUGAAACCAAUAUACAUUGACUCUUAAGAUGGAAGGCAUUUUAAAAUAAAAAACUUCCACUAUCUUACAUAACGGAAUAAAAGAACAUGGAUUCUAUAUUUUAUUAUCUGUGAAAGUAUGCCUUGUGAGUUAGAAAGCAAGCUAAAAUGCAAAACUAUAUUCGAGCCUCAAGGAGAAAUUGAAUUGUGAUGUACUUGUUUGGAAUUAGAGACUUCUUCCUUUAUUAUUCUCAUUAACUAAUGUUGGUGAACAAUAAGUUAUGUGUCAAAAUAUCAUAGGCUUACAUCUAAAAGGGCAAAACUGUAAUGCUUGUUUAAAUAUACUAAUAUAAAAAAGUCCUGUAACCUAAUUUUCAUUACAGAACUUCAAACAUAAACACAAAUUCACCAACUAACUUAUACUUUUCUCCCUAUUAAUGGGAAUUGGUUUAUUGUUUUAGUUGUCUCUUAUAUUAGAACUAUAUUUCACAUAGGUUCCUUUUCCUAUGGCUCAUAUUCAAAACUGCCUCUCCUACUAGUCCUACUAUGUUAAAACACUAAAGUAGACAUAUUGCAUUAAUUAAUGAAUUGAUUCAAAUAUUAACAUAGUAGGUUAACAUAUUAACAUACUCCAAGCACACCUGAUUCAUCACCAUGCCAUGCAUCUUAUUGUAGGCAAAAUUGAUAUAUUGAACUUCCAGACUUAACAAAACAGAAAAUUAUGCUUCACUUCAAAAACAAUUAUUUAUUUUAUAAAAAGACCUUCCCAAAAUUCUUUGAAAUGAUAAACCACUUAAUAUCAUAGGAUUUAGAAUUCUAAAGGACUUUAAUGAUCAUCUAGGAGGAAACUGAGUCCCAUACAGGGUUGGACAAGUGACUUGUCCAAAGUCACACAUGUAAAUGGCAUGCUCAGGAUUUGAAUUCAGGUCUUCUGACUACAAAUCCAGUGCCUUCUCUGUCUGCCAAGCUGGAAGGACUCCAAGCAAGAUCCUAACAAGGUACAGAUCUCUAUCAUCUGAUGCUGUGAGUUCAGAAAAGCUUGUCACCAAACUGGCUCCAGGGGGAUGAUUUCUGGGGCCAUGGUAACUCUGGAAGGACUCCGACUUAAGUUGCAGAAGGAGUGUGAAGAGAGAAAAUAUUCCCAAUAACAAAAUCACUUAUCCUUGAGAUAUUGAUGAAUGAGUCACUAAACUAGGACUGGGACGCCAGAAGUAAGCAGCUGGUACAUGAACCAUCAUCUCCACCUUGCCUAAACCUCAAAUCCCAGUUUAGGUCAUGGAGCCAAGAAUACCAAUAUUAUUGAUUUAUUUCUGAACCUUUACCUUCUUAGAAACGAGUAUCUGUUCCAAGGCAGAAGGGAAAAGGCUAGGCAAUUGGGGUCAAAUGACUUGCCUAGGGUCACACACUGGUCACUCUUGGAACCCAGGACCUCCCAUCUCUAGGUCUGGCUUUCUAUCCACUGAGCCACUUGCUGUCCCUACCAAUGCCGUUUAUAAACACUGCUGUUUCUCAUUCAGUGUGUCACCCCCAUGCUGGGUUUUCUGACAAAGAUACUUGAGCGGAGUGCUAUUUCUUUCUUCAGCUCCUUUUACAGAUGAGGAAACUGAGGCAGGGUUCAGUGACUUUAAGUGCAGGUCAUUCCUGCGCCACUCCCUACCCCUCUUUCCCCCAGGAAGCAAGCAGAGGCAAGCUGGGAAGCUCCGAGAGUUCCCUUCAGUUUGUAUAGGGUCAGACACGCUCCCUUGAUUAUUAGUAUCAAACACCCCGGUGAUUCACAAGCUGGAAUGUUUAAGCUAAGGAUGUCACCUCAUUUAGAGCAUGGAGAUACGGCUUUAUCUGGGAAUUACAUCAUCUGCCUAAUGUAUAAAAACAGUAAAGGAAUUUGGUGUGUUAAAAAAAAAACACCCCCUUCUGGGUGGCUACACCUCUUGCCAAAGACGGCUCCCAGCAGGUUCCUUAACCCGGCAGGUGACAGAGAAAAUGCGGUUAGAACAUUAGUCCUCCGACAGGUAGAUACCGUGACUGCUUCGGCUUUGUACAUUAACCCUUAAGGAUGUCACUCCUGCGAAUUAUAGCACCUAUCCUGGCGCCACCCAAUUCCCAGAGGAAGGUCCGAUUUGGUAGCAAAGCCCUGUCCGAAAAUCUCUUGACUAAAUUUGCCCUUGUUUCACGUCUGACCUGGGGGGCCAGGGCGGGGGAAGAACGGGAGUGAGGGGUUCAGCGAGCCCUCUUUCCUAACCUGAAACCUUCCUUCCAAAAGAUGGCUGCUACGCUCCCCUCCUCCAAUUAGGCAAGUUUAGAGCCUUUUAAUAUUAAGUCAGUCUAAGCGUGAAUGGAGAGCCUGGCGAAGAGGGAGGGCUCGGUUAUUAUUAUUCAUUAUAAGUAUAUUAUUAAUAAUCGUAAUAAUAAUAUUAUCAUUAUUAUGGGACCUGGGCUUGAAUCCCACUUUUGCCAUUUACUUAUGUGACCUCACCUCUCUAGGGUCAGUUUCCUCUUCUAUUUAAAUGAGGGAAUUAGACUAAAUGGCCUUUAAAUUUCCUUCCAACGUCACACUUUUAGUCUCCUCAGUCAGCUGGUCCAUUAGCAUUUAUUAUGUGCCAGUCAAUGUGUCAAGCAAAUGGGAUAUAAAGGUACAAAAAAAAACCCGCUGUGCUGCCCUCAGAGGGCUCACACUCUAAAGGAAAGACAAGUGGAGCUUUUCCUUUGCCCAUAUCUACACAAAGGCAUAUGCUCUAUAGUGGGGGGGGGCUAAGGCAAAAUAGGGAUCCGAGGCACGCUUUCUCUGGCAAGCUUCCCACCCCAUCCCACCCACGUAUACAUGCCCCGUUCUCGGGGGUAGGAGUAGGAGUGUCCCAUAGAAAAGAGGACACAGCGGAUUCCAGUGGGCCACAGGUCUCCACCUCGGGUGACCAGCCAGGCUGAUAUCGUUCAAACCUUCCAGGUCUUUCUUUCCGGGUCCUCUCCUCCCCCCAUUCCCUCUUCCAAUGGACACCUAUUUUCUGUUUCUCUCUCUGUCACACACACGCAUACUCGUUUGGGAGCAGGAAAGGAGACCCACUCCCCAGCCAUCCACACACGGACACGCACGCCCUCCGGGCCAUCCACGCUUCCUGCCAGUCCUCCACCAUCCAAUAGCCUCGGGGCAGGGCAAGCAGAACAAGCCGCGACAGCCCCAGCCAGGGUCCCCGCCCUGUUCCCGGUUCCUUUGCCUGGGUAAUGCAGAGGGCCCGGGGCUGGGCCUUUAUAUGCCUCCUGCAGCCCGCCCAGUGCGGCGGCUUUCUUUUGCACCUCCUUUCCUCCCGCAAUAGCUGCAAUAGCAACAGCAGCAGCAGCAGCAGCAGCAGCAGCUCCCGGGCACUGCCAAAAAAAAAAAAAAGAGCCGCAGCCCCGCACUUCUGCCAGCACCGCCCCCCAUCCUAGCUCUCUCUCCCCUCCAUUUCCCUCGCUUCUAUCCUUCUCUCCGCUCCCCGUUCCUGUCUUGCCAGGUCAGCGCCAAGUGUGAGUCUGUAUGCACUGGUGAGUUGCGCGUGUCUGCGUUUGAGUGCGCGCGCGCGCGCCCGCCACCGCUGCGCCCGCAGGAGCCCCAGCGGUGCGCGCGGGAGCGGGGCUCCGAACCUGGGUCUCCUCCCCUCCCCCAGGCCGCGGAACCCGGGUAUUUCCCCCUACCCCCACCCUGCCGUCCCCUCCCCCCAUCCGGGCCCCCCCACCCGGCUCCGGCGGCUGCGCUACAAGAUGGCGGGAUCGGUGGCCGAGAGAGAGGCGCUGGAGAAACUAGAAGAUGGGCAUUUAAACAACUCCUUGGGAUCUCCUGUCCAAGCGGAAGUGUACUUUCCAAGACUGAUAGUACCAUUCUGUGGGCAUAUUAAAGGUGGAAUGAGGCCAGGCAAGAAGAUCUUAGUGAUGGGGAUUGUAGACCUCAACCCUGAGAGUUUCAAGAUCAGUUUGACAUGCGGGGACUCUGAAGACCCUCCUGCCGACGUGGCCAUUGAACUGAAAGCUGUAUUUACAGAUAAGCAACUGAUCAGAAAUUCUUGUAUAUCUGGAGAAAGAGGUGAAGAACAAUCAGCAAUUCCUUAUUUUCCUUUCAUCCCAGAUCAGCCUUUUAGGGUGGAAAUUCUUUGUGAACACCCACGAUUUAGAGUAUUUGUGGAUGGACACCAGCUUUUUGAUUUUUACCAUCGAAUUGAAACACUGUCUGCAAUUGACACAAUAAAGAUCAAUGGAGACCUCCAGAUCACUAAACUUGGCUGAUCUUGGUGCCCAGACCAUCACCCCUAUUCCGAAAUAGGAGCAGAUGCCACCCUCGCUUGUCUGGAAGGUCAAUCCUAGCAGGAUAUAGAGACUUAACAAAAACAAAACAAACAAAAACAAACAAAAAGACGAGCUUCCCAGUCUCUGUGUGCAGUUUAAAUCCAAAAUGAGGACUUGAACCGUGGUUUACCCUCACGAAGAAAACUUUUGGGUAACAGACACUGAGCCGUUGUUCCUGGAGCAAAGUAAUACAUUUACUGGGUUUUGUUCCUAUCAAACUAGAAUGGGUUUGGGGCUUAAUUGGCAGCAGUGUAUUCAUCUUUCUUUUGCAGAAGUAGGUCUGCAAACAAAAAGUGCUAAAAAAAUUAUAAUAAUUUUAAACAUGGUACACAGAAAAAUUUUCAUUUGUGCAACUAUUGUUUCUGCACUGAUGUAGAUUCAUGUAGCACAACCAAUAAUAAUUUAGUCAGGGUAUUUACAUAGAAUGUAGGUUGUUAAAAGUUUUUUGCACAGUAUAAUAUUAAUACAGUUUUUAAAGCUUUCUUGUAGUUUAUUUAUUUAUACUCAGUGUAUGUAUUAGAAAAAAUAAGCAAUGUUAUUGGGUACAGAGAACAUCAAGUCAAAGUUUUGAAUGUACAAAUGACUUAGGUCCAUGGGAUAAAGUAAAUAUUAUCAUUCUUGAAACACAUAUACAAUUCUGUUGGAAUGAUUAAGUUCUGGUGGUGUCCUUUACACCCCUAAAAUUAAGCUCCUUUGGAGUUGUUGUUUUGAAUGCUUUGUGAGGGGGGAGGGAGCUUUGCAAUGAUUUAAGUAAAAUUAUUUGCUAUUGGUCAUUACAUGUAACUACAUUUACUGAUUUUGCUCCUUUCUGUGAGUCCACACAAUAUAUAAUAGGGCUUCCCUAAGGGUAAAUUCCCACAUUUUCUUAGAAUUUAUAUUAUGGCUCAUUGUAAAAUUGUUUGAUUAAUUGAAAAUACUUAUGAAACAAUUGCAAAGACAAUUUUAAAAAAAUGUACUUUACGGGGACUUUUGGCAUAUUUUGAAGAGGAUGUUUGUGAUGUAACAUAGCGAAGUAAGACUAUCAAGAAAACUUGCUGGAUUUUGAAAUAAGAUAAUAAUGUUUAUGCUAUACCAACAACAGCUGCUGAAUUUCAGAGUUCAGAACACAGGUCUCUUUUCAUGUGUCACUCUUAGCAAUAUCCCUAGGGGGUGCCUCCUCUGCUUUGGCUCACUGUUCCAAAUGGACAGAAUAGAUUAUUUUCUGUCUCUAUUGAUAGUGGGGUGGGGUGGGGGGGGACUAGGAUCAAGGCUUUUAUUUCAGAGGAUUAACUCUCAUAUUGUCAAACUUUUGAGUGUGGACAGUUGUAGGUGCAAGAGAAAUGAGAUCCUGAAUCCUGGCUGAGCUGAUAAACUGUGAGGUUUCUCCAGGGAAAGGUAGAAGUACUGUGGCUCUGAACUUCAGGCUCCUUGCCUGUGCUGGUGACAUGUAUUAGAAUUAAUAAGGGUCUUGGGCAGGGAAGGGGGGAGCAGAGGAUGGCUUGGGAAGAGAGACCGAGGACUUGACUCCCACCUCUGCUCUCUGUGUGGCCAUGACUAAAGGUGUUGGGCCAAAAAGAUGAUCUCCACGGUCCCUUCCAGCUUCAAAACCUCUGGUCCUAUGAGCAACGGGGGUUGGGGAUGGGGUGUAUUUAUAUAUAGUUUGGAUUUCAUUAGUAGAAUAUCAAGUCUUGUUACCUUCUUGUUUGCUUUUUAGUUAUUUUACACAACAUGCAGAUAAAUGGAAAUAACCAAGUUGUUUCCACAUGUCAAGUGAACAUAGACAGUGUUUCAGUACCAAAGUAUAAUCUUAAAAAAAAAAAAGGAAAGGGAACCAAAAUCCCAAGUUUUGAGGAUUCUUCCCCAUUUCAGAAAGUGCCACAGUCCCAGUGUGUUGUCUGAGAAGAUAUGUCCUCUCUGAGCCACUCUGCUGUGAAGAGUUUUUGUACUAGUUUGGCACUGACAACCCACCUUAUUCUGAAGGGAGUUUGUAGCAGAAAAUGCUUGCCACCUAUUUAUAGCACCACUGGGCUCUGCUCAUCAUUAAAUAAUCACCUUUAGAAGGUAGCCCACCAGCGACAUAAUUCGGCAGAAAAUAGAGGGCACUUGAGUGUAAACUCCUGGACUCAACGCAAUUCUGCCUACUUAUCACUGAACCAAUUAACGGGUCUUUACACAGCUUAGCAGGAAAGGUACCUUGUUAACCCUUUGAUCUCAACUCAGAGAGGACUUUGGGAACCCAUAAUAAGCCUUUCAGGAAUGCAUUUUAGCUGUGAAAGAGCUUGAUUCACGUGCUACUAAAUUGUAAGGUAAAUAAAACUGCAGCUUUAAUUGUUAGUUACGACUUGGAAAUAAUUUUCACCUCUCAUUAUCCCAUGAGGUCUAAGGUGGGAAAUGAAGAUGAGACGGUACAGUUUAAAAUUUCAUAAGAAAAUGUUAUAUAGGCAGUCAUUGAAUUCCAGAGCCCUCAUUUCCCAAAAUUUAUUAAAAUCAUCCAGAUACCAAAAUUAGACUCUUGAAAGAUAAAGUAAGCUUUAUCAGAAAUCUUUUAACCUUAGUGUCCUGGACCUCUUUUGCAGUCUAGAGAAGCCUACGGACCUCUUCUCAGAAUAAUGUUUUUUUUGGCAUAAUAUAAAAUACAGAGGAUUAAAAGGAGACCAAUGAUAUUGAAAUACAGUUGUCUAAGUAUUUUUAAAACAAGUUUACAAGCUCCUAAAUUAAAAACUCUGCUUUAGACAAUCUUGUUUCCUUCCCACAAAAUCGAGUGCAAAAAUGGAAUUGACUUUUUGGGUCAUCCAAGGAACUUAAUGAAUUUUGUUUGGGACGUGUUUCCUAUGAAGCCAGCCUUCAUGUACAACUCCUUAUAAGGCUCCCUCAUAAAAAUGAUGUAAUAAUUUUCAUUUUAUUAACCCCGCCCCCCAAAAAAGAGGGAAGGAGAAAUGUUGCCUUGACAGAAAAGAGCCUUGACAUUCUUACGCAUUCAUGUAGAGAUAGUAUUCCUAUAAGAGAUUUUCAAAGAAACACUUUCUUAUUUUCUGCGUGGUGUAAAAUGUUGCUAAAUGUGUUCUUUUAUGUCACUGCUAAAAAUUAUUUGCACUAAAAUAAAAGAGCAUUUUGUACAAAGUGGUUUUCCCAUUUUCUAAUUUACCUUAAAUUGAGUACUGAGUAUAGCGAACAAUAUUCCAUACUCUUCUUUCUGAAACCUGAUUUCCUAGCCAAUUGAUAGUGAUUUAUCUAUUUAAUGAGCUGGUCAAAGGCUAGGGUUUUAAGGGUGGAAAGCACUUUAAAGGGAGUUGGGGGUUGGGUUUUUUUCCUUUUUUUUCCUUUUAAAUAAAGAUCUCCAUUACUCAUGGAAAUGGCUAUCACUGACUAGGUACAUUGAGGUAAAGAAUGAAAAGGGGAAUCUGGGGAAAGAUAUAAAAGAAAUAUUUUGUAGCACAUUGUAGGUGUUAGAAAAAUAUUUGAGUGAAUGAAUAUGUUCCUAGCUGUAUCUGCCUACCUGUUAAGACUGUAUUUCUUGAGUUCCUUAAAUUGUUUGGAAAUCAAGAAAGAAAUCCAUGGAGGGUCAAAUAUAGAUAAUAAAUUUUGGCUUUUCGUUGCUUAGUGUCUGGUCAAAUAACUUGUGGUAAAUAGGACCUUGACAAAUUUCAAUCAAGUCAAUAGUUAUUAAGCACCAACUGUGUGUUGCACUUAGUAGGUACUUAUGAUUACUAUGUAUAUAAUAAUAUAGUGAACAUAUAUAUAUAUAAGUAGUAUGUAAUAAAUUAAGGCACAUGAAGUGUCCUGGGCCAGACUUAUCUCAGACCUCUAAUUUCUUUUGAAGAGGUCCAGAGUCAUAGGAGCUAGUUUACUAAUCCUGCUUGAUAACUUUCUGAAUGAGUCAGUGCCAGUUUUAAAUGCAAUUCAGAUUCUUAAUCUGGGAGAGAAUCCUGAGAGAAAAGAUGCUGGGUGUCAAACACAAAUUUUUUCUCUCCAAUUAGUAAAUUUCCUCUAGUCAAUACACCACUAAAACCUGACCAUAUUCACUUCACUUCUCUUCCUCCCCUAAAUAUGGUCAUAGAAUUGAAUUGUAAAGUAGCAUGGGGACCAUGAUACUCCCAUGACUGAUUUUUGCAUGUCUACAAACAUGAUGUUUCACUGUCCAUCAGGGACAUUGUCACAAUUGUUACUGUCUUCCUAUCUGCCCCUUUAAAAUAUAGUACCAAAGAAAAAAUCGUUGCUUUACGAAUAAGAGUUUAAUACAAUUCAUGAGGCUCAGGAUGUUUUUGGAAGGAAAUUUAGAUUUUUCUUAUACCAAAAGGUGAGGGCAGUGAGCCACACAAUUUAGGGGGGGGGGGGAAGUAGUUGAGGGUGGGGGUGAGAAAGGGAGUGUCCUUUACAUAGUUGGCAAUCAUUAUAAUUACUCUUGAAAAAAAUAGAACUAGGUUGUGUUUCUAGCUACAUGAUGGAUUUCCAGAGGGGACAUGCUUAUAUAUUGAGGUUUGGGACAUUUGCUGAAGAGGGUUUAAAAUGCCAGAGGAAAUGAACGCAUGGCAUAUUAGACCUAAAUGUAAAACACAGCUUCCAUAAGAAAAGUAUAGCUGAGUUAACAUGUGCUCCUUUGCAUCCUAUGUGUAAAAAUACAGUUGCCUCAAGUGAGAUGCAUUCCUAAGUAUUUUAAUUUCUCAAUGUUUUACUCCUAAAAAGAUCUCCUUAAAAAAAAAAAAAGGUAGAGAACUCUCAUUCAAAAGAAAUUCUUUUCAAUUAAUUAAAAUGGGUGUAUCCAUGAUGCCCAACCCAAAGAGAAGGGGCGAAAAUCCACAGACGCUCUCCCUUGCUUUGAUACACCCUACGAUCUCUUAGAAAAAUAUGGGAUUAUGUUAACAAACAACCAGGGAAAGGAGAGAUCAUUGUUGUUGGACAUAGUGUAUGUUAUUCCCAAAUAAGACUCUUUUGAGCUACAAGCCUUUGGCUUCUUGGAUGGUGCAGGAUAUUUUGAACUGCAUGUCACCCAUAAGUAAUAAUGAUGACAAGUGUUCUCCAAUUAACAAUCCCUGCAUCUUUACGCUGUAGGGUCCAUUGGACAAUACCCUUUAGUGUACAAUACACUAUUCUGUGAUGUUAAAAUACAGCAGAGUUAACCCAUUCUAUGCCUAGGAGACAAAAAGAAAUAGUUGGCUCAUGAGGGUGGUAGAGUAGGAAUCAGGAAUGGGGAAGUCUGUUCCGCCAAUCCCAUGCCAGUCGCCAUAGGGGCAGCUCAUCCGACCUCUGCUUUGGUCUGCCUUCCCACCCAGAAAAAAGAGGUCAUAGGAUCCUGUGAUACCUGUUUUUGACAUGAGAUGACAGGGUGUUAGAUGAAUAUAAGAUCAUGUUUAUUAAAGAUGAUAAUCCAGGCCUAAAAUAAAUGUGAAACUAAUUUCUGUACUUAUCCUGUAUGAUUUUUGUUAUGAAAACUAUUAAAAGUGUGCUUCCUUGA